UACUUUUAGCUAAUGAAGUUCAGUUUGUAGCGACACAGUUGACGGAUUCGCCAUGUGUAUUGUAUUAAUAGUUGAAAAUAAAGACAUAUGUGUCAGAAAUGAAGCAGAUGGUGUGAAUGUGUACACAUGCCGAUCCAUGUGAUGUUUUAUUAGUUCGCGCCGCUACGUUUGCCCUCUUUUGUCGAUAAGUCGUUAUCGUUACUCUUCACUAUGAUUGAACAGGUGUAAAGUUAGCAAGUGAUAAAGUGUUUGCACUAUACUCGCACCAUGGAGUACGUCUCGGAAUUUCAUAAUACGUAUGUGUGUUAAAGUGACGUUUGAAUGUCAGUGAUAAUUUACACUUAACCAUGGAUCGAAUUCGGCAAAAGUCGAAGAAACACAAACCUAUGAAACAUAUGGACAAAGAAGAACCCAACAUGUAUAUUACAGAUGCGAAAGCCAUUAAAGAAAAUAUGAAGAUUAAAGAAAUCUUAAGAACAGUUAAAAUGAAUAGCAGCAUGCGUAUUAAAGCACCACGGGGAAGUAAAGUAAUGCAAAAUUUUAAUGACAACGAUAGUUUCGGGGACGUGACGAAUGAAGACAACAAACAAAAUCAAAAUCCUAUGUCUACGAACAAUUCUCUAUCAAACGAUAAUGAUAUUAACAUUGUCGAGGUAACGAAUGAGAAUUGCCUAAAUAGUAAUCAAGAAACCAAUAUAGAUACAUCGGGUACUGAAGUAGACAAAAGUAACACAGUCGACGACGAUAACACAAUUGAAACUGAGACAGAUACAAAAGUAGAGAGUUCACCUAAUACGCUAGUUAACGGUGAUGUACAUAACACAAGUAGUCCUCAAAUUUCACAAAUUACCUCUGUAAUAAACGAAUAUUCCAAUUUAAAAUCUCGUGAGCGUAAACUAUCUUUAGAUCACACGAUAUUAAUGAAACGCAAUAGUUUAUCGCAAUCCGAAAUGGAUUUGCAUUCCAUAGGCAAAUCUCCAUUAGAAAGAAAGUCUUCAUUCUUUAGAAAAAAGUGGGAGAGUUUUAAAAAAAAUGCUUCCGAAUCGUUCAAAAAGCAGUCACUAGCGAAAAGUCAAUCCCAACUGGAUCGAACUGGUUCGGUAUCAGUUUCUUUACAAUCAUUGAACGAGAAAUCUGAGCGAGACAACUUUGAAUGUUGUCGUCUGAACAACAAUAACAAUGGUAGUGUGAGUAGUCUACUGUCAUCAGCGGCGGGUCAAAGCAAUUCUAGCCUGUCAGUGAACCAAGAAGACCGCCUGAGUCCCUUGCCUAGUGAACAAACUUGUCUGCCAGGAAGUUUGCCUAAUGGAGGGAUGUCUACUGGGAGUAUAAAUUGUUUGAACGACACAUGUGCCUCGGAAAACCUGCUAAACUCUCGUGCUAUAUCGAUGAGCUCGGGCCUUGACACGGCAGUCAAACGGCGCGGGCGACAGAUCCCCCUCGCAAACAGAGUCACAUGGCUAGCCAGCGAAACUAUGGCGAAUUAUUUCAAACAAGUCAUAAAUGAUGAUAGCAAUACCCACAAUAAAGAAGCAAUGUGGAAAUCUUACCAGGACCUUAUGAGCAUCGGUGAAAAGAAAUCUGAUAACAAGGGCAGACGGCUCUCGUACCAAAGGGCCGUGUCUGGCGAAGAUCCAGUGCUACCUUCAAGAUAUCAAGAGAGCGGCCUGCGAAGGCGACCCUUGAUACCUGAGGAUUCUGAGGCCGACUAUGAGCUGUCAAACAUACUGUUGGAGUUCACGAGGAAUGGGGUUCCGCCGCUGAAAGGAUUCUGCAUCGCCAACGUGCCUGACGAGGCAAUGAGAUACAUCUAUUGGACUGACAACCCUGACUGCCUGGAUGACCUUUAUGACGUGAAGAAGUUACCACCGAAUGAAGAAUCUCGUCAGGCAGUUAUACGAGAACUGAUACUCACGGAAACCGACUACUUAAGACACCUAAUAGCAAUUGUAGAGGUUUUUAUAGCGGCUGCACACGCAUUGCAAGACAGCGGCAAACUGCUCGAUGUGGACACUGAGCGUUUGUUUUCUAACAUCCCCGAUGUCUUGAAUUCCAGCUUGUACUUUUGGGAUAUAACCAUUUUGCCUAUGCUUCUGGACUCUACCGAGAAAGCGGUCCCGUUCAACACCGAAUUAAUGGCUCAAGGUUUCUGCCGUUUCCGUGAAAUUUUACAGCCGUAUGAGAAGUACGUGAACGAACAAAAAAAAGCGAUUGAAUAUUUACGCUCUCUCUCAUCCAACUCUGAAUUCAUGAUGUACCUUACUUGGUGCCACAGCCAAAAAUCUUGCAAAAGGCUUCAACUCUCUGACAUAUUGGUCAAACCAAUGCAGCGCCUGACUAAGUAUAGUCUCCUUUUGCGGAGACUCAUAGCUCAUACAGAUGCCGAGCCUGAGCGAACAUCGCUCAUUGCAAUGGAAUCAUUUGCUAAAAAUUACGUAUUGGAUCUAAACCGCACUAUCCGUCAACGCGAGGAACUAGAGGAACUGGAAACUCUUGCCAACUCCCUCGAGGCUUAUGAGCUGGAUUUCAAAGACGAGGAUCUCGAUAAAUCCUUCCGACAGUAUGCACAGGUGAAUCUGAAGGCUCCAAUGAUUAACUGUCUGCCAAGUCACAGCAGGACGGUGGUCUACCAUGGCGAUUUUCGAUUCAAGGACAACAUUAACACCAAAGAGAUCGAAGUCCAUGUUUAUCUACUAACUGACAUGCUGUUGAUCUGCAAGAAACAAUUAUCCAAAAACAGCACUUACCCACUCAAGAUAAUUAGGCCGAAGUAUAUGGUGGAAAAGUUAGUGCACUUCCCCAAGUACAAUCGGAACACCAAGGAGAUAUCUGCAUUGAUAUUUGUGAUUCUGGAUGAAUGCGGCUCGGCAACACAUGCGUUUUCGCUCUCAGAAUCUACCAAGGAGCCUAUUAUUAUAGGAUAUCUCAAGACAUGGGACCAGAAAAUAAAAGAGGCCAAGUUAACAUAUGACCUAGGUGUGUGGUUUGCCAAAAAUCCCUCACGUGACCUUUCGGAAGUGGAAAUGGACUCGUCUUCCGACUAUGCAGUCAGCGGCGGCAGCGCUAAACCGGGUUCGGAUGAUUUGAACAUAGAACGGGAGGCUCGCGAACGUGUCGCUGCUAUGUUACACCGCAGUAUGGGAGCAUCCACCGACUACGACAUCUCUCAGGCUUCUAUGACCACUGACUCCUUUGAUGGCGAAGCAUCAGGUAUGAGUGGCCCAGGAGCCAGGGCAGGUGGGCACGGUCUGCGGCACCCAAUGCACCGUAACUCUACAGGUGGCAGCUCAAGGAACUCAAGACUAUCCAGCUUCCAACAAUCCACCAGUGCUGCUUCCCAUGAUGAGCCGCAGGCAGGGCCAAGCCAUACCUACAGGGCCGGUAGCUCCGUAGAGCACGUUAUACCACCCAUGAAUCCGGAAGAUGCUGCAACGUCUAUCACCGUUAACGUGGUCAGCGAGAGUGAAUCUGAAACUGUGGUCCCCUCGCCAUGUUCACAAGCAGCGCUGUCGAAGCCUUCAUCUCCGAACAGGCCGUCGCUGCGCAGCUCCAGCUCCAGCCAUAACACUCUGCGGGUGCAGCCUCAUAAUACGGUGACGGCACUCGUGCACAGCCUCCCUGAUCUCACCGUAGAACAGUCCAGGCCCACUCAUGGACCCAGCCAACAAUCGGCAUCUGAGAAGCUGUACCAAUCGCACCAGGAGUUGCUGCAACGCAACCGGCUCUCAGCCACCCAACAGCAUCAGUACCUGAGCCCAGAUCAUCGUGGUACAAGUUACCCACCACCCAGCCCAACCAGAGCAUCGUUAAAACGUGGAUUGGCAUUUUCGUAUUCAUUCAAGAACCCACCGCUCUCUAAGAUGGGUCACGUAAACAGUCAAUCCCAACUGCAGGCUGAAGCUGGUCCUUCCACGAGCCAACAGGCGAAAGCACAGAACGAGAAGGGCUCUACCAGUCCCAUAGUGGCUUCGGGUUCUGGCGUCGGCAAGGAAGACAAGAAGUCUAAGCAUGUUAGCAGCAGGCACAAGGGCGGGCGAUCGUUGAGCCCCAAACGCAAGGAUGAUAAAGGCGACUGACAUCAACGCCGCAGCAAGUCGCGACAGUGAGUGGAACGGAUGCGGACACAAGUACGUAAGCUUUACAGAUGGUGCUGUCAUUGGGGGUUCAUCUGCAGAAGCAGACGCUGAAUUAUAUUUCGAGUGAUAUAUUUGAUAUGAACAGUUUACAGGCCCUCAGUGUGUUAGUGCGUAGUUUGAGCAUAGGAAAUGUGAUGUGAUGGACAUGGACCUUUAAAUAGAUAAUAAUCAUAUUACUUGCUAUAUUCAUAUACUGUUUGAAGUUAAUCGAAAAAUAUGUUGCGAUCUUUUUGGGAAGUUGUUUUAUGUAGUUGUAUUAUUUUAUGCAAUGUUAAGAAUGAACUCAUUGGAAAUUGUCGAAAUAAUUUAAUGUUGCUAUUUAUUGAAUUAUAAACUUUAUAGGUAUAUCUAAAAAUUGGAAAUUCUUAAUCACAAUAUUAGUAUACCAGCUUUGAGUCACUGCUCACAUUAGACAAGUUAAUCAUAAUUUGUGAGUGACUUUGUAUUAGUUAUUGAAAAAAAAAUGUUGUAUCUUAUAAAAUAGUCGCUACUUAAAUGUUAUUUAUCUAAAUGUUCUGUGCGAUUCAACAUUUCAAAUCGCUAUAAUUACCUAAGCCUAGUUUUAAUGGUAGAUGCCAGUAAAUAUGUAUUAAGUACUUUUAAGGAUGAUUAUACAUCAUCACAUUUCAGUAUUUCUACUUACUAUAUAUGUACCUGUCUAUUUAGUAUAUAUAAGGUUUUUAUACAAUUUCUUUAUACAUAACGUCAGUGGAGUUCUAGCAGUGCGGCACUACUUUUUUGGUAGUAUUAAUAGGCAUUGGUGAAGAAACAUGAUACGCUUCUUUUAACGGAUCAGAAAAAAGUUGAGCAGUGAGAAAUUUUAUUUUAAUUACUUUAUCCCAGCUAUACCUUCAUUGCAACAACUUUUUAUGUUAUACAGUCUUAUUUGCUCUGUUGUAAUGUACCUAGACAUUUUACUUACGCACUGUUAGAACUUCACUGACGAUAUAUAACUAGUUGUUAUUGUAUUUUUAUGAUGUGAUCAAAAUGCAACGUAUUGCGUAGUGUUCUUAAAGAUAAUGGAGGAACUUAUAUGUUAUUGUUUCUAUAUAGAACACUGUUUAAUUUUAAAACCUAGUGGCAGUCAGGAACUGCAGUAACGACGUUAUCUAGUAUAUAUAUAAUAUCUAUUUAAAAUCACAUUAAUAUCAACGUUGCAACGAAUGGAAAAAAUAUGGAACGAGUAAACUGUAUUAUUAUUUAUUCUAUAUCUUUACGGUACAUACUACUACUGAUAGUCAUAGAUGAAUAUUAAUAUGCAUGUUUUGAUUAUACAAUUAUAAUUACAAUAAUUGUACCUAUCUCGAUGUCUUUACUAUUAU